AUGAAUCCAUUUACAGAUUAUCAAGUACAAUUUUUUGAAAGAAUAAAAUUGAAACCAAGAAUAAUUGAAUCAUUAGAUGAUAUUUCAGAAGUUUUAGUAGCUUGUUCAAAAGUAUUUACAUUUGAAAAUUUAGAUAUCAUAAGUAAUACUCAAGAAGCAUUAACAAGAAAAGUUUUAAUAAAACAAGUUUUAAUUAAUAAACAAGGUGGAUUAUGUUAUAAAGCAAAUACUUUAUUAUAUUAUUUCCUUUUAGAUUUCGGUUUAAAUGUUCACCAAACUAGAGCAACUUGUGAAAAUCAAGAGAGUCAUAGUCGUUGGAAUAUUGGCCAUGGUCAUAUGAUUAAUAUAUUGAAUUUUGAAAAUAAAUUAUAUGUAAUGGAUGUUGCAUUUGGAUGUAAUUUAUCAUUAAGGCCAGUACCAAUUACAGAUGAUGGUAGUGAAGUUAUUGAAUCUUGUAUUGGAUUAUAUAGAGUUAUUAAAAGAGAAAAUAUAGUUGCUGGAGUAUAUCAUUAUACACAUAUUUUAGAACAUAGAAAACCAGAUACUUAUUUAAUUGAAUCUGCAAAGAAUUGGGUAAUUGGUUAUGCAUUUGAUCCUUUAUUAAUUUGUAAAAAUGAUGGUGAUGAUGAUGAUGAUGAUAAUAAUAAUAAUAAUAAUACUCAUCAAACUCAAAUUCAACAAUUAGUAAUAGAUGAUCCAAAUAAAGAUUUUUGUGUAAAGCCAUUAGCAACUAAAUUAAUAAAUAAUACAGAUAAUAAUAAUAAUAAUAAUUCAAUAGCGACAUUAACCUUAAAUUCAUUCACACUUACAAAUUGUAAAACUGGCGAAAAAAUUAAAACAAAUUUUGAUAAUGAUAAUUUAUUUGAACAAUUUAAUCAACAUUUAAUUUCAAUUUUUAAUUUACCACCUUUAAAAAUUAUACCUCAAAUAUUUUUAAAUCAAACAUCAAAUUUUCCUAUAAAUAAUUUAAAUAGUUAA